ACUUCAUCUCCUUUCUCUUUCAAUGUCCGUUGGUAACAGACGAAAGUUUCAGACAUAACACACAAACACACUUCUCUAAUAUCUCUCUCUCUAAGCAAUCAAGCAGACAAAGACAGUGAUGAUAUAAAAGCCAGAGACAAAGGAGGAUCACUCAUCGUUUCAUCUCAUGAAUCUCUCCGCCGACCAAGCUCCCGUCGCCGACGAAAUAGCUCAGCCGGCUCAACCGCAUCGCUUAUCAACAUCAUGUGAUCUCCACCCAGAUGAACGUUUCUCCGGUUUCUGCCCUUCCUGUCUAUGCGACCGCCUCUCCGUCUUAGAUCACACCGCUGCUCAGCCGCCGUCUUCUUCCCGGAAACCUCCCACUAUCUCCGCCGCGGCGCUGAAAGCUCUCUUCAAGCCCUCCUCCUCUAGUGCUACCGGUACCAACAAUAACAACAACGCCUCCAAUGGGAACGGUCGGGUCCGACCCGGUUUCUUCCCGGAGCUCCGGCGUACUAAGUCGUUCUCAGCGAAGAACAACGAGGGAUUCUCCGGUGGGUUUGAGCCGCAACGUCGUUCUUGUGACGUCAGACUCCGUGACGAGCACAGACACAUCCAAACCAAAGAAGCUGACACCGUCGGUAAAAUCGAGGACGAGACUAGGAAGUCUAGCGUGAGUGAGACAGUUUUAGAAGUGAACGAAGAAGCUGAAAUCGAGGAGGUAGAAGAAGAAGAACAUGCUGGUCACUCUGAGAUCGUGAAAGAUUCCGACGAGAUUGUAGAGGAAGAAGAGGAGGAACUGAAGCCAAUGAAGGAUCACAUGGAUCUCUACUCACAGACGAAGAAACCUUCUGUGAAAGAUUUCGCCGGGAGUUUCUUCUCUGCGGCUUCUGUUUUCAGCAAGAAGCUUCAGAAAUGGAGGCAGAAGCAAAAGUUUAAAAAGCCAACAAGCGGCGGAGGACGGCCACAGUCCGAGAUCGGAUAUGGCCGGAGAUCCAGCGACACUGAUCCACGAUUCUCUCUUGACGCCGGGAGAUUCUCCGUCGAUAUCGGUCGGAUUUCGAUAGACGACUCUCGAUACUCGAUCGACGAGCCGAGAGCGUCGUGGGACGGUCAUUUAAUCGGCAGAACGACGGCGGCUAGGGUUCCUCCGCCGCCGUCGAUGCUAUCAGUUGUGGAAAACGCUCCGGUGAAUGUAAAUCGAUCAGACAUGCAAGAAGCGUCGAUUAACAAUGAAUCGGAUCCGAUAAUCAUAAUCCCAGGCGGAUCAAAUCAGACUCGAGACUACUACAAUGAACCUCCGUCGUCACGGAGACGUAAGAGCCUCGACAGAUCCAGUUCGAUUAGAAAAAUUGCGACGGAGCUAGACGAUGUCAAAUCGGUGUCAAAUUCGAAGGUUUCACCGGCGAUUACGUUAGAUUCGAACUCCGUGGAAACAGAGGAGAACAGAGUGAAUCAUAAUCAAAACGGUGAGAAGAAAUCGAGACGGUGGGGGAAAUGGAGCAUUCUAGGGUUAAUAUACAGGAAAGGUGUUAACAACAAAGACGAUGAUGAUGAAGAAGAAGAAGAUAGGUAUAGCAGAUCGAAUAGUGCCGGAAUGGCGGAGAGGUCUUUAUCGGAAUCAUGGCCGGAGAUGAGGAACGGGGAAGGAGGAGCGAAGAUGAGGAGGAGCAACAGCAAUGUGAGCUGGCGAAGCUCCGGCGGAGGAUCGGGGAGGAAUAAGAGUUCGAGGUAUUCGUCUAAGGAUGGAGAGAACGGAAUGUUGAGGUUUUAUUUGACACCGAGCUGGAGAACAGGUGGUGGUGGUGGUAGUAGUGGCGGUGGCGGUGGUGGGUGGGAGAAGACGGCGGCGAGAGCUAAUAGUCACGGCCACUCUAUAGCGAGGAAGGUUAUGAGGCUGUAUUGACCAAAUUGUCCCUCUUCUUUUUUUAUUAUUGGGAUCUUUUGGUUUGUGGUUAAUUUUGGGUUUAUCUAAAUUUUCAUUGUGAAUAAAUUGGUUAUCUACUUAACCGGAGUUAAUCGGACCAAA